AUGGCUGCAAGAAAGGGUUCCAAAAGCAACGGCAACAUAGCCUCCAAGAAAGUCGCAACCAACAUUGUCACAGAACGCAAGUCCAAAUCCAAGAGUUCCAAACCCAUGAAGCAAAUCUUCCGCGGGAAAAUAUUUUCCUUCUCUGGAGACUUCGGAGAAAAUUGGGCCCACGAGCAAAUGGCAGGCUGGAUCAAGGCUCAUGGCGGGCAGUAUGAGAGGGAGGUAUCAGCAAACACUACUCACUUGAUAUGUACCGUCGAGCAUUAUAAGAAGAAAACAGAUCAGAUUAAAAGGGCUUUAGCUAUCGGCAAGCAAUGCCACAUUGUUAACAAGGACUGGCUGGAGGACUGCCUUGUCUGCAAACCCUCGAAGAAGAGAUGCAGGCCCGAGAAAGAUUAUACUCUAAACAAGGUCCUCAAGAGAGUCAAUGAUAGUUUGAAGGAACAGAAGGGUUGCCGACUGAAGUUUGGAGCUGCUAUGAAAGCUAGUUGCGAGUUGGUUGAUAACCAGCUCAACCAUGUCUAUUGUGAUCAGACAGGAUUUGAGUACGAAGUGGUCUGCACCCGGCUGAACACGGAUGGCAAAGUUAAGUCAGAGAAGUAUACUAUUUACCUCCUUGAAUCGAAUGCCAAACCAUCGCACUAUAUGGCUGGAGCCAAGCUCACCAGUCCCGGCCGCCGCCCAUCCUAUUGGCGCACCGAGUGUCAUCCAAAGACUUUCUUCGAAGCGUAUUCUGAUUUUACGGGAUGGUUUAAAAACAUCACAGGUAUUGAAUGGGACGAUCGAUUAGACGGGCUUCUCCAAGAUCCUGAAAAAUUUCGUUACAACGCCCCAAAACUCGGACGUCCUGUGGGUGCUUUACCACCUGGAAAGAAUCCACCUUCGUGGAGAGAUAAUGAGGUCAAGUCAGAAGAGGUGCAUGAUACUGGCUCUGAGGCUGAGGACGGGUUUGGGAGCGAGCAUACUUCUGAGACGGGGGAAAUGGGGAACGGUUCCCCAAUGUCUAUCUCGUCCCAUCCCUCUCCUGAUUCUGGCUGCUCGUAA